AUGGAAGACGUAUGUGCAAUCGGAGGCGUCGAGGGAGACAGGAAGCUGAGGCCUCACCACCACCAGCAAGCACUGAAGUGUCCUAGGUGUGAUUCUCUCAACACAAAAUUUUGUUAUUACAAUAAUUAUAACCAAUCUCAGCCGCGCCACUUCUGCAAGAGCUGCCGGCGGUAUUGGACUAAAGGCGGUAUCCUCCGUAACGUCCCCGCCGGGGGCGGAAACCGGAAGACGAGCAAGCGCUCCAAACCGAAAAAGGAACGCAAAUCGAAUUCACGUUCGAGCAGCGAGAGUUCCAGUCUCGCCGCCGCCGUGGCUGCCACUCCAACCUCGGCCAACUGCAACAUCGGCUCCACUACUGAUUUAGGUUAUAACUUUCCUGAAUCGAAGUUUUAUAAUGUGAAUCCGAAUCCACAGGCUACGGCUACAAACCCUAGCUUUGAUUCACAGGCGGUGGUGAAUCAACCAUCGGACUGUCAGAUUUUCACCGGCAUCGGAAGCUUCACGAGCCUGGAAAAUAUGCAAUGGUUUAACACAGCCGACAUUUCCACAUCGUUCGAUCCGCUAGAGCAAGCUUCGAUAGUAGAGAAUCCUAGCUCGGCGAUUAUUGAUCACACAGUUAAUCAGAUUGACUUCGAAGAGGAGAAUCUAAUGACUGACGGCGGAUUUUCGGCGGCGCUAGAUUGGAGAACCGUCGGUGAAGGGCCUUUUGAUUUCACUGGGACCGUUGAUCAAGCUUACUGGAGCGAUCAAUCUCUUAAUUAUCUUCCAUAA